AUGAAGUUCUCAUUCCUCACUCUCGCCGGCCUCCUCUCGGCGAUGGCCCUGGCCGCCAGAAAGCCCAACCAUGACGCCUUCGCCAGCACCUCGGGGCUCAAGUUCUCCAUCGACGGCACGACGGGCUACUUCGCGGGCUCCAACUCGUACUGGAUCGGCUUCCUGACCCAGAACGCCGACGUGGACCUGGUCUUCGACCACAUGAAGGAGUCCGGGCUGAAGAUCCUGCGCGUCUGGGGCUUCAACGACGUCAACACGGUCCCCGGCGCGGGAACGGUGUACUACCAGCUGCACGUCAACGGGACGUCGACGAUCAACACGGGCGCGGACGGCCUGCAGCGGCUGGACUAUGUCGUGUCCUCGGCGGAGAAGCGCGGCAUCAAGCUCAUCAUCAACUUUGUCAACAACUGGGAUGACUAUGGCGGGAUGAAUGCGUAUGUCACGGCGUACGGCGCGACGGACCACAAUGAUUUCUACUCGAACAAGGAGAUCCAGAAGGCGUAUCGGCGGUAUAUCCACACCAUAAUCUCGCGGUACGCCCACUCCCCCGCGGUGUUUGCGUGGGAGCUGGCGAACGAGCCCCGAUGCAAGGGGUGCGAUACGGAGGUGCUGUACGAGUGGAUCAAGGCGACGAGUCGGUACAUCAAGUCGUUGGACAGGAAGCAUAUGGUUUGCAUUGGCGACGAGGGCUUCGGGCUGGAUCUCCUCUCCGACGGCAGCUACCCCUACACCUACGUCGAAGGCAGCAACUUCACGCGCAACCUCGCCCUCCCCACCAUCGACUUUGGAACCUUCCACCUCUACCCGGACAGCUGGGGCACCUCGCACGAAUGGGGCAAUGGGUGGGUGCAGGCGCACGGCGCCGCGUGCAAAGCGGCCGGCAAGCCCUGUCUCUUCGAGGAGUACGGCGUCACCUCGGACCACUGCGCGCUCGAGACGCCCUGGCAGAAGACCGCGUUGAACACUACUGGCGUCGCGGCGGAUCUGUACUGGCAGUAUGGCGAUACUCUGAGCACGGGGCCGUCGCCGGAUGAUGGGAACACCAUCUACUAUGGCACGGAUGAGUUCCAGUGUAUCGUGACGGACCAUGUGGCGGCCAUCAAGGCGAGCCGCGAAGCAGUGUUGAUUUGA